AUGUCCCCAAGUGCAGGUAACCAAAAGUCCAAUCCAUGGACAGUUCCAUACUUUCACCUCCCAGACCAAGAAGAAGACCUCGAAUUUCGUCGCUAUCUCCAAAUAAAUGACGAUCGUCUUCGAUAUUUAAACACACCUCGGCCAAAUCAACGACGUCAACCCUCGCCUCUUCGCUCUCUUGGCUACUAUCGUGUAAUGGCUGAAGACGCUGGAAAAGAUGCCGAUGAAGCAGUUGCUGCUGCCUUAGCGGAACGAGCCAACGCAAAAGAACGACUAGGUCCGAAUCUUCAUCCGGAUGCGAACCUGGCAUUCUAUGAAAAUCGUAAAGACGGGAAAGGUGAACCCAGGGGUCAUACACAGUGGAACCUGAAACUGUUUCGUAUCGGCUUCAAUCUUUCCGACCUAGAACUCGAUGCAAUCGAAGAGCUGAUAGCGGAUCAUCUUUUUGAAGACGGUCUAUUUUGUAGACCCUUCAGUCAAUUUGCGACAACUAUCAAGUUUCAUGGGAUUGAGUGUACGGUGAAGCGACAAUUCGGAAAGAUUCUAAACAAACAGGGCAUCCCGCCGUGGUGGUUUGAUUUUGCAAUUCGGGGAUGGGUCAGGCAUGUUGCGCUUUGGAUGAGGAAAUCUGGGGAGGGGUUGCAGGAUAAACUGCAGAGAAAGAAAAUGAUAGUCCUUAGAGGUGGGAAGAAGGGCUUUCUGAGGGAGAAGCCAACUGUGGCCGUGAAGAGGAAGUACAAGCCCCGAGCCGCUGCCGUCUCCAAGUCCUAUGUCGAGGAGGCCACUGAUAGCGACGAGCCAACCGAUGACAACGUUCUACCACCUGCCAAGAGAGCUAAGACGGUUCCUUUUACUAUUCAGAUGGGUGACGAAGACGAUGAGAUUGAACCAUUGCCAGCUACCAGUCUUCCUCCCACAUCUGAUACCAAUACCACUGCCCCUCUCGAUCAGACUGCUCUUUCCGACGAAGCAAACAGGCAAAACAUCGAACAAGUUAUGGAUUCCGAAACGAGAGAUAAAACAUCUGGAGCUACCCGCUCUGCCACUCCGCCGUUGGCCAACUCAAUGCAAGCGUCUCAAACUCCAACGACAACACCACCUCCCGAAAAGGCAUCUAAAGUACCCAAAAAGCCUCGUGGUCGUCCUCCCAAGUCUGAAAAGCCCGCCAAACCUUCGAAACAACCGACAACGCGAAAACCUAGAGUACCCAAAGCUCCCAAAGUUCCUAAGGUCCCAAAGACAAAGACUCCCCCACCCCAAGCAACUACAGCGACACAUCUCCUCAAGAACUCCCAACUCUUGAUAACUGUCCGCCAUAAACCUAGACUUGGAGAUGUUAUCUCCCUACUCUCUCUUCUCGAUCCCGAAAAGCAAGCUGAGGCAACGGGAGACGUGGGUAUAAACAUUAAAGAUUUGAGGUGGAACUCUUUGAAGAAUGAGUUAAAGGAGGGCGGACUAAUUGAGAGCGAAAACGAAGAGGAGUUGGUCUGGGUAGUCGAAGGUCUGGACUUCGUGAUCGGCAGUGACAGACAACUUGGGAAUGCUGUGAGAGGGUUGAGGGAGAGGACGUCUGGGGGGUUACUGAGAAUGGAGAUUGCAAAGAAAGAGGAAAAAGAGGAUGAAAUGGACAAAGCGGAGAAAACGCAAGACAAAAAUCCAGUAUCCAAUGCAGAAUCACCUGCACCAAAUCAACCAGAAUCAUAG